AUGUUAAUACUCAUAAGUCAAGUUGUGUUUCUAUUUUAUGAAUUAAAGUAUUAGAUGUAGUGACAUAAUUAGCUAGGCCAUGGGAUUAUGCAAAUUAGAAAUAUUAGAUGAAACAGUGUAUGAAAUUUAGAAUACAUUCUCAACUAUGUAAACAAUAGGUAUAUGGUUUAAAUGGAAUCCGACAUUAAUGAAGAUGGAAAAGCUACAGAAUUAUAAUCCUCGUUUUUAACUGUAUAUUGAGUAGUUUGAAGCGAAUAAAACAUCAUCAGCAGUAAGGAUAUUAUAAGAGUUGGAAUAUCAAUAUUUUUAUAUAGAGCACUAUACAUAUUAAAGUUAUUCAACAGCACCAUAAAAUGCAUUAAUUUAGCAAAUUGAGAGGGUUUAAUCAUUUAGAAUGGAUUCAUAACUAAUGGAAGGAAAUUGGGGAUUUCAUUGUUUUAGUUAUAAUCCAUCAACAAAAUAAUAUAAAGUUUACCUUUGGUUUGCUAAAGUAGGUGCAAUGACAGAUGAUUAUGUUUUUGAAUCGAAAGGACAAAACUUGGAUAGAAGUUAAGGAAAAUAUAAUUAUAUUUUAGGAGAAUUUUAGGGUACACCUUUUGGUUAAGUGUACCCAAAAUUAGAUUCAGAUAUUACUGUAGAAAAAUUCAAAGGCAGUAGAAGUUAGUUAUAUUUUAGUAAUGUUUAUUUGGAGAACUUGUCGGAUUUUUUAGCAUUAGAUUAAUUGACUUGUGAAAUGUAUAAUUAUUGUAAAGCUAUUGGAACUACAGGAGUAAUUGAUGUUUUGAUAGAUGGAAUAAGCUCAACGUUUCCAUAAAUGUAUACAAAAUCUUAUAGAGAAGAGAGAUUUAGUUUUUCUGGAUGGGUUAAAUUGAAUCAUAAUUAUGGAAUUUAAGGAGACAUUACAGUAAUACGGAUAGCAAUUUAUUAAUUUUAUUCAAAUGAUUAUGUUUUGGGAGAUAGAUUAUUUAUGAUGAGUUAUCAUUAUGAUCCUGAAUACACAGAAAAUUCAUCAAUUAUGAUUGAUACCUAUUCGUAUGAUUAUCCUUCUUUAGCAUUUUAUACUACUACUGAAUAUGAUAAAUAUUAAAAAUCAGGAUAUAGUAUAUUUGAUUUAAUGACCAAAUGGCAUUACUUUAUGUUUGAAUCAGGAAUUUAAUAAACAUUCUAUAAUGUUAAUAUAAAAAUUAGAGAUGGAUUAAUUUCAGAUCCAAAUUAUUAUGAUAUAAAUUAUAACUAUCCUUUAAGAAAUCAUUUUAAAUCAUCUAGUUUAACAAUGAAUUUUGGAGGAGACAAAUUCAGUCCUAGUCCUUUGAAUGGAUUUUUAGCAAAUAUAGUAUUAGAAUCUUGUUAUGAGAAUGAUCAAACAUAUAAAUUUAGUAAUAUUAUAGUAAAAUUUUUAAUAGGAUGCCAUAAAAUUUGUAAAACAUGUUUUGGUCCUGAUAAAACACACUGUUUAAGUUGUAAUGACAAUAUAUUGAAAGUAUUAAAAAAUAAUGAGUGUUUAUGUUUACGAAAUUAUUAUGAAGAUGAAAAUAAUGUUUGUUAAAGUAAUAGAAUAUAAUAAACAUAGGUCAUACAUCAUAUUUAGGAUAACUUUAAUUAAUUCAAACUAAUUUUAAUAAUGUAUGUAAUGAAGAUGAGUUUAUAAUUCCUAUUAAUGAUUAAAUAAUUUGUUAGAAAUGUCCUUCUUCAAAAAACAGUUUUAAGAUAGUAUGUGCUGAUUGUUUAUAAAAUUAAAUGGAAUGGUAUAAAAAUCCGAUUUGUUCAUAAGAUUAUAUAUAAUUUUAGAAUGAUGAUAUAUUUGAGAGUGAUAGUGCUUUUCAAUAGAUAAAGAGGAAUAAUAUUGAUUAGGAAUAUUAUAUAAUAGGUAAAGAUACAAGUUUAAGUGUUUGUGAAGGAUGUUUAGGAAUAAUAACAGAUGAUAGUUAAUCAUAUAUAAUGAGAUAUUAAUUGGAUAUAUUGACAAAAAUAUAAUGCAAGCCUUGUCAUAAAAUAGUUUAGAAUUCUUGUGUAAUAAUAAAUUUGAAUUGUAUUGAAUGUGAUUCAGAAUUUAAAUGUUUAACAUGUUAAUCAGGUUAUUUAGUAUUAAAUUCAGAAUGUGUUAAAUGUUAAAGUAAUGAAUGUGCAACAUGUUUAAUUAAUGAAGAUAGAAUAGAAUGUGCAACAUGUCCAUAAUCUACAUAUCUUAGUAAUGGAACAUGUUUAAAAUGUGGAUAAAACUGUUAAAUAUGUGAUAAUGUUAGAUGUUAUAAAUGCAUAGAUAUUAAUUAAUAUUAUAUUUCACUUGAUGGAUUGAAUUGUUAUCCAAAUCCUAUUCCAAAUUGUUUGAUUGCUUUUGAAAGAAUAGAUGGACAAAUAACUUCAUCACUUUAAUAUAAUUAUCCUCGUACUAUUAAUUUAUAAACUACCAUUGUUGAAUGUGCUUUAUGCAAACCUAAUCACAUUAAUAAAUUAACUAGUUGUUCAUUUUCAGAUUAAAUGACUGAAACAGAAUAAAGUCUUGAUAUUUUUAAUAAUGGAAAAAUUCUUUAAUUGAACGUUUCAAUUAUUAAAGCUACUUAAACUAUAAAUAUUGCUUAAGUUGAUAAUAAAAUUGAUUGUUAAAGUCCUUGCUUUUAAUGUGUUAUGGAAAAUAAACAUAUAUUAGAUGGAUGGAAAUAAAAACUUAUUCCUUUUUAUUAACCAUAUUUCUCAUCAACCAAAUUUCCAUAAAGUAAUAAUUAAAUUGAUUUAACUUUACUCUAUAAUGCUACUAACCUUUAAAUUAGUUGUUCCUCAUGUAGAGAUGGAUAUGAAUUAUAUUAAACUUAUUGUAUUCCUAAAUGCUAAUCCAAUUGUGAAUGUAAAAAAAUUAAUUUAAAAAAUGUAUGUUACAAAUGCAAAUAAAAUGAGAGAGGCUAACAAUUGAGUCUUUAUGAUGGCAAGUGUAUUGAAUGUCCUUACAAUUGUGCUCAUUGUAGAUAAAGAUCAAAAACAGAAAUAUAAUCUAUUAAUAAUUAUUUUGAUCCACAGUAUCCAGAUUUAAUUAAAUAUGGACAUUAAUGUCUUACUUCUUAUACUGAUGCUACUCUAUUUUAUGAUAUAGAUAUUGGAGUUUAUGUUGAAUGUCUCACUUCACUCUGUUAUAAUUCCAUUAAAAUACUACUCAAUUAUUAUUGUGACCUUAAUAGUUAUAAUUCUGCCAAAUCUGCCUAUACUGGGACACUAUAAGAAUUCUUAAAAUAUAAUAUUCUUUUAACUGAUUAUGAAUCCUUUUCACCUUUUUAUGAAACAUAAUUUUUUUAUUCUAUCAUGAAUCAAAAAACCCUUAAAAAAAUUGAUUUUGAAAUCACCUUUAUUUCCAGUACUACACAAUGUGAAUUAGUAAGUAAUUUAACUAUCGCAACAAAUUUGAGACGCAAUGUUUUUACAUUAAUUAAUCUUCCAAUUAUAAUUAAAACUAAUGUAGCCUAAUUAAUAUUAAUUACUAAAACAUUUCAAAUUUUAGGAUUCUCAUCUGUUACCAUACAAAAUCUAUAAAUUACUAAUUAUCCAUCAAAUGAUGUUAAUAUCUACAUUUCAGAUUCUUAUGGAUUUGUUCUCAAACUCAAAGAUAUUAUUUUUAGUUGUCAAAAUGUUAAAUUAUAGGUUAUUAUUAAUAAUCCUAUAUCAUUAAAUUGUAAUACCAUAACUUUUAAGGAUUUGACAGUUGAAAAUACUUAUGGAAUAUUUAUGUAUUAAGGCUUAAAUGCUGAUUAAACUGUCUAUAUUGAAUUCAUUAAUUUUUAUAUUAUCAAUACAAUUCUUACAAACUCUUCACUUUUUGUAUUAUCACUUUUUGAAACCUUUCAAAAUUAGAAUGUCAAAAUCAAUUCAUUUAUAGUUUAAGAUUCGUAAUUCACUUAAUCUACGAUAUUAUAGACAAAUUAUCAAUCAUCAAUAAGAAAAGCUAAAGUAGAAUUAAUUUAAUUGAAAACAUAAACUUCAACAUUUACAGCUUCUACAUUUCUUAAUUUUGAAGGAUUCCUUUAAGUAAAUUUGAUUGAUUGUUAGUUAGAAUAAAGCUAAUUUAAGUUAGGUUCAACUUGGUUGUUACUACCUUUGUUUUAAUUACAGAAUUUAAAAAUUAUUGGAAAUACGCUAGAAACAUCAACUGAUAGAUUUAUUACAAAUAAAGCUACUGUGGCUUAUUCUGAUUCAGAUAAUGAUUAAAACUUUAUCAAAAUGUAAGAUUUAAUUUUUGAGAAUAAUAAAUUUGCAAGUGGAAAAGCAUUUAUUGAAAUUUAUUAAGAUGUUUUUACUAAAUUAUCAUUAGAAAUUUAGGAUUUGAAAAUUCAUUUGAAUUAAUUGAUUGGAUAAUCUAAUAAAUUAAGUUAAAAAGAUGUAGUUUCUGAAGAUUCUACAAUAUAUCUUGAUGUACUCAAAAUCUAAUUAAAAAAUAUAUAAAUUAUAAGAAAAUAAUCAUUUCCUGAAUUUGCAAUUUUAAACAGUAUAGAUGUUUAAAUAAUAAACUUGAAAGCUCAGCAUUCUGAAUAAAAGACAGCUUUUUUGCAUAAUGCAUUUUCAUGUGCAUAAAAAUAGAUGUUUGUGUAGGGAUAUACAGCAUUGUUAUAUUUGUAUAAUUCUAAAGUGUUAAAAUUAAGAAAUAUUGAAUUUAGCAAUUUAAGAAGUAUUAAUUUACCACUAAUUUUGAUAAAAUCUUCAGAUAAGAUGAAAGUGAGAUAAGAUGAAAGUAUUAUAAUAGAGGAUUGUGUUUUUUCUUAAAAUUUGCUUUUAUUGACUAAGAUUAGUGAAUAAUAGGCAAUAAUUUAAAUAAAUUCAGAGCAAUAUUAAGAUGUAAUAAUACGAAAUGUUACUUUCUUUCAUAAUUAUUAACAUAGUUAUAUUUAAGAUUUAUCUUUUAUUUCAUCUUCAACAAUAUUGUUUUCGAGUCCUUACUCGCGAAUAUUAUUAUAGUAAUUAACUUUUGAAAGAAAUUUGAUAACAAAUGGAUAGAAUUCGAAUUUGGUAUUGAAAUGUUUAGAAAUAACAAUAAUGAAUAGUAGUUUUUUGUAAUCGAAUUUGCCACCUUUGGAUACUAUUUAAUAGAAUAUCUAUUGGGGUAUAUAAUAAAAUUAAGUAUUAUAUUUGGAGAAUUACACAUAAGCGUUUCCAAUAUAUUCAUAAGGUGGUAGUGCAUAUUUAUCAGCUAAUAUUUUGGAAAUGGAAAAUGUAUUAAUAUUGGAAUCAAGAUCUUAGAAGGGAGGUGCAUUAUAUAUAACACCAAUAUAAUUAGGGAUAAUAAAAAUUUAGAAUAUAAGUUUUAUAGAUUGUAGAGCAAGUUUAGAAAAAGUGUCAUCAGCUUAAGGAGGAACAAUCUAUAUUGAUGCUUCAUUAUCUCAAUUAGAUAUGAAUAUAACUAAUGCUUAAAUAACAAGAAGUUAUAGUAGAAGAGAAGGUGGUGUAUUUUUUAUCAACCCAUCAAAAGUAAAGAAUAAUUUGAGAUUGAUCAAUAUUACAGUGAGUGAAUCAUUUUCAUUAUAUUAUUCAUUUUUAAGAAUUCCAUUUACAUCAAAUGCUGAUGUUUAUAUAUAAAACUUUGUUGUAAGAAAUAGCUAUGUUGGAUUCAAGGAAUAUGUUGGAUUAUUAUUUUAUUUAUCAGAAAUAGAAUUAAGUACAUUUUCAACUAGUUAUUUUAUAUCCUUAAUGGGAAAUCUAUAUAUUUAGAUGAGUACUAUAUCAAAUCAAUUUAGUGGUUUAUUUGAAGUUCAAUCAGGAUAAGUCAUUUUAAAAUAGAUGAGUAUAUCCGAUUGUCUAAUGUAUUCUUAACCAAUGAUGAUAUUCUCCUUUGUGAAUUUAUUGACUUUCUCGAACUUUAUUAUGUAUAAUAUUAGUAAUUACAAUUAUGAGGAAAUCCCUGUGGAGAAACAUGAAAUAAUAUACUCACCAUUAUUAAUGGAGUGUACUUAAGAGAUUUCUUAACCAUCUUAUCUAUAUGAAGGCAUUAACAGUUCUAUGAUCAAUUAUUAUGGAUAGAUAAAUAUCAAAAGUAUUUAUUAAGGAUUUAGCAAUCCUUCCUGUUUAAUUUAGAUAGAUUCAAUAUAAUAGAAUUUUAAAAUCACUUAUAAAGAUAGUUAAUUUUAGAAUAUAAGUUGUUCGAAUUGUUAGUAAGGAUUAAUAAUUCAUGUUUUUACAGAUUAUUAUGAUAUGGGUUUUAACAUCAUUAAAUUUGAGAAUAUUAAAUUUAAUAAAAAUUAUUGUGGAUAUAGCUGUUUAGUAUUUAGAUAAUUGAAUUCUAAUCGAUUAUUAGCUAUAAGUACUUAAUCUAAGUAAUAGCUCAUCUAUACAAUUACAGUAAGUCAUAGUGAAUUUUAAUCUAAUUUUGGUUAAUAUGGAGGUGUAUUUUAUGUUGAUAACAUAAAUCUCCUUAUUGAUUCAUGUUUAUUUAAUUAAAAUUAAGCUUAAUAAUCAGGAGCAGUUAUUUAUUUUAUAUCUAAAUCGGCAACAUUUAAUAUUUAUGAUUCAGAUUUGACAUCUAAUUCUGCUUAAAUAGGUGGAGCAUUCUAUUUAAGUAAUUACACUCUGAAUUCUCCUGAUAAACUUAAUUUACGUCUAAUAAAUAAUUACGCUAGCAAAUAUGGUUAAAAUUAUGCUGAAUAUCCUUCUCAAUUGACAUUGUCACUUGAUGGAGGUAAGACAUUUUUAGAAAAGAAGGUAAUAUUCUCUAAUUCUACAACAAUUAUAGAUUAAAUAACAAUAAAGCCAUAUAGUUUUAAUAAUGAUACAAAAGAAUAUAUAGUUUUACCUAGUGGUUAGGCAAUAAGUAGUUAUAAGUAUUAUAAUGAGACAACAUAAUAAUUUGUAUCUUACAAUUUAACUUUUAGAAUUUUAGCAUUGAAUAAACAAUAAAAUAAAAUAUAGAAUUUAGAUGGAACAAAAUGUCAGAUAAAAUCAUAUCUUGUAUCAAAAGCGACAUCUAAUUUAGAGAUAUCAACAGUUUUAUCAUAAGACAAUGAGAGUUUUUCUAAUUUAAAGGAAGUUUAAUUUAAUACAAAAUCUUAAGAUUAUAAUUUAGAUGAUUUGAUAAUAUAUUUUGAUCCAAAGAGAAAUUCUGAGGAAGUUCUAUAAUUAGAAUUAGUUUGUAAUUCUGUGAAGAUCCCAAUAUUUAAUUCUGAAUCUCCAUAUUUAUUAAGUAAAUUAAUAGAAGACUAUCGUUUGAGAAUAAAUGUUUAAUCUUUGGAUUGUUAAUUAGGAGAGUAAAAAAGAGCUGAUGAUGGUACAUGUAUUGUAUGUGAUUCCUCAUUGGAUUAAUAUUCAGUAUCACCAGGAGAGAGAUGCUAAAUAAGAGAUUCAUUAUCAACAGAGUCAGUGACUUCGGCAAGUGUAAAAUUGAGAGCUGGAUUUUGGAGACCAUAUAGUUAUAGUGUAAAGAUAGAAUAUUGUUUGAAUAUGGAAAUAAAUUGUGAAGGAGGAUGGAUACCAGGAAAUCCAUCUUGUUUUACUGGUCAUAUAGGUGCAUUGUGUGAAUAAUGUGAUGUUUAUAAUAUAGAAGGGAAAGGAUCAUGGUCUAUUAGUGGAUAAUAUAAAUGUGGCAGUUGUGAUUCGAUUGGAGAUAAUACCAUAAAAGUAGCAUUAGUUAGUGCAUGGACUAUUAUAUCAAUUAUGUUGUCAGUUAAAAGUACUAUGGAGAUGGUUGAAAAUAUGGUAUUGGGAAAUAAAUUAAAGAAGUUUUAUGUUGAAAAUCCAAAAACUGGUUAUGGAGGUGUUCUUAUUAAAGUGUUAACUAAUUAUUUAUAAAUCAUUGGAGUUGUAGCUACAUUUCAAUUAUAAUUACCUAGUGCUUUAUCUGAAGCAUUUAAAACAGUAGGAUCUCCAAUCGAAUCUAUGAGUUAUUCAUUAGAUUGUUUUCUGAUUCAAAUGACAACUAUUGAUAUCCUAUAUUUCAGAAUGAUUUGGGCGUUAAUUAUGCCCAUUAUUUACAUUAUCACAUUCUUUGUUCUUUAUGCUAUUGCUGUUAUUGUUAGAUUUGUUAGUGCAGAUAAGAGUGCUAUUAGUACUACACUCAUUUAUUUAUUCACUUUUUUAUAACCUACUUUAUUAGGUGGAUUCAUUUCCUUAUUAUCUUUUAGAUAAAUUUCAGAUAUCUAUUGGAUCUAAGGUAAUGUAUCCUACAGAUAUGAUACAAGUUCACAUGUAAGAUGGCUUAUUACUUUUGUUUUACCAUCAGCUUUAAUGCUUGGACUUCUAAUUCCAACUUAUUUAUUUCUUAAUCUCUAUAAAAUUAGAAUAAAAUUAGAUGAUCCAGAUAGUAGAAAGAGUUGGGGUUAUCUUUAUAAUGAAUAUUAACCUAAAGCAUAUUUUUGGGAGAUUGUUAAAGUUUAUUAGAAAAGUUUCAUCAUUACAUUCCUUACCUUCUAUGAAGAUUUAAUCAUUAUUAAAGCUGCAUUAGUAUUUAUUAUUGUAUUUGUCUAUUCUGGAUUAACUAAAAAAUAUAAACCUUAUAAACUUCCAUUUCUUAAUUAAAUAGAUGACAUCAGUACUAUUGUAUGUGGAACUUCAAUUGUUUUAGGAAUGACAUUGUAUUCGGCUAAUAAAAGUGAUAAUUAAGAAAUUAUUUGGCCAUUUUAUAUAUUCUUAAUUGUUAUCAAUGCAACAUUCAUUUUUGUUAUUCUAUGGGAAAUACUAUGGGCAAAUUUAGAAAAUUAAUAGGCUGCUUUAGAUAAACUUAGAGAUAAAAUUAAUUCUAAAUUCCCUGAUUUAGCACAUAAAAAUUGGUUAACAAAAAGAUUAUUUAUUAAUAGAGGAGAACAACUUAAAAGAGUUAAAAAAAGAUGGAGGAUGGUUAGAGAAUAUUUAUUUAAUUUUAUAAGAAAAUAAGGUUUAAUAGCUAAAACAUCAGAUCAGUAAAAAUAUUAAUUAAUAUUAAAUUAGUGAGAAUAGUAUUGAUGAUAAUAUUAAGAGUCUACCUGGUAUUCCAAAAUAUUAUCAUAAAAUCUAUCCUGAAAACUUUAUUGAUAAUUUUGGAUCAGAUGCUGAAAUGUCCAUUUAAUGA